UUCCCGCCGACGACGACCAUCGCACCUUCGCCCCUCACCUCUGCUCCAUCUGCUGGCUCGCGCAGCGCUCAUAAGCUCACGCUUGCGCUGCAUCUUUGCUGCACCGCCGUCCGAGCUCUACGCCCCUCUGCGCUGCUCCAGCUGCCUCGGCCGUGCAGAUCCGCGUUGCCCGCUGCCCGCGCCUGCGACCGCGGCCUCUUGCCCGCCUGCGCCGCUGCACGCCCUCGUGACGCGCGCCUCGCCUCGCCUGCUCCACAUCCGCCCCAGCCGUCCGUGCAGCGAUGCUCUCGCCCACCAUGGCCCUCCGUCCGCUCGCCCUCGCCGCCGCACCCUCCGCUGCCUGCCGCACGCUUGCUCACCGCUCUCCCUUCGCCGCGUCGUCUUUCGCAUUCAGCCGCAGCAUGUCGGCCUCCAGCUCUUCUUCGGCCUCGGGCUCGUCGUACAAGCCCGUGCUGACGCGCGAGAGCAUCAACCCGCACGUGCUCAACGUCGAGUACGCCGUGCGCGGCGAGCUCUCCAACCGCGCCAACAAGUACGCAGACCUCAUUGCCGAGGACAAGGGCAAGGACCUCGCCUUCCCCAGCGUCGUCACCGCCAACAUCGGCAACCCGCAGCAGCAGCCAUUCCUCGCGCAGAAGCCGCUGACGUUCUGGAGACAGGUCGCUGCGCUUACCGAGUAUCCCGACUUGCUCGAGGACGAGUCGGGCUCGCUGUCGUCGCUCUUCCCGUCGGACGCGCGCGAGCGUGCAAAGGCCAUCCUCGAGGAUGUCGGCAGCGUGGGUGCUUACUCGCACAGCAAGGGCGCCGCCAGUAUCCGGAAACACGUGGCCGAGUUCAUCGAGGAACGAGAUGGCCAUCCGUCGGACCCUGAGCUCAUCUACCUGACCGCCGGCGCGUCGGGCGGCGUGCAGACGCUGCUGUCGGUGCUCAUCUCCGGGCCAGAGGUCGGCGUCAUGAUCCCGAUUCCGCAAUACCCGCUCUACUCGGCCGCGCUCGCCUUCAACAAUGCACAGGCGGUGCGGUACGACCUCGACCCGCACAAUGACUGGGCUGUGGAUGUGAAGGCGAUGUCCGAGUCCGUCGACAAGGCGCGGUCAGAAGGCGUGGACGUGCGCGCCGUCGUGGUCAUCAACCCGGGCAACCCGACGGGCAGCUGCCUGAGCCACGAGAACAUCCAGGACAUCCUGCGCAUGGCGCACGAGAAGCGCCUCGUCGUCAUGGCCGACGAGGUGUACCAGAACAACAUCUACCUGCCCGACUCGCGGCCCUUCAUCUCGUUCAAGAAGGUGCUGCGCGACUUUGCCAAGGAGGGCAAGACGGAGGCGGACAAGCGCAUUGCCGAGGAGGUCGAGGUGAUCAGCUUCCAUUCCAUCUCCAAGGGCGUCAGCGGCGAAUGCGGGCGGCGCGGCGGCUACUUUGAGCUCACCAACGUCGACGCCAAGGUCGAGGCCGAGGUGUACAAGAUGGCCUCGGUGAACCUCUGCCCCUCGAUCCAGGGCCAGAUUGGCGUCGACCUGCUCGUGCGUCCGCCGCGCCAGGGCGAGCCGUCGUACGAGCUGUACGAGAAGGAGACGUCGGGCAUCCACGCCACGCUCAAGGCGCGCAGCCGCAAGAUGCGCGAGCAGUUCAACAAGCUGCCCGGCGUGCAGUGCAACGAGGCCCAGGGCGCGCUGUACCUCUUCCCCGAGAUUACGCUGCCGCCAAAGGCACUCGAGGCGGCCAAGAAGGAGGACCGCCUGCCGGAUCUCUACUACUGCCUGCGCCUCCUUGACGCGACGGGCAUCUGUGUCGUGCCGGGCAGCGGCUUUGGCAAGAUGCCGGGCGACAAGGGCGAGUGCUUCCUUCGCACCACGGUGCUUGCCAAGGAGACCGACGAGUUUGUGAAGCGCUUCGGCGACUUCCACAACGACUUCAUGAAGGAGUUCGAGGCCUGAUCCCGGUGUCUGUGUGCUGUCACGUUAUAGAGCGCUGCGCGUCGCCUUGCCACGAG